AUGACAACAGCAGCGGCAACCACCCUCUCUACAUUUCCUCAGUUCAUGAGCCUUGCUCUAGAGCUACGCAAUCAGAUAUGGCAGGAUGCAUUGCCUAAAAAAUUCGAACCGGCUCUCUACUUUUACAAAAAAGGCUGCUGGCAACCUCUACAUAUCACAGAACUUGACCAAGAUCCCGAAUAUGAUCCCGAAAACAGCGAACACAAUCUACGUUUAGAGUUCCGCCACGACUUAUUGGAUGGUCGAGUGAAUACGCCCUUAGUUUCCGUCAAUCAUGAAGCACGUGACAUUGCUGUUGCUUGGGCUCAUAAACAUGAUCUCACUAUCAAGGACAAUCAAGGGCAUCCUAUCUUUGCCCGUCCGUUCAACCCAGAGCGUGAUGUACUAUACGUUAGCCCUAGCGAACUGGAAGAGUUUUGCCUCGAGGCUACCUAUCGACCUUUCGAGCCUGAUAUGGUGAACCGCAAUUAUUCAAUAAGAUCAUUCGUCAAAAAUCUCGCCAUAUCUGAACAAACAUGGCGGGAGCAGAUUGGGAUAGACUAUCUCAUAGAGCCACUUGAAGCUUUUCCAUUGCGGGUAUUGGUUAUCGUUAUCGAUGCGCCGCCAGAGUUACAAGGCGUGUAUAAUGGUUUGGGGAUACAACCGCGUUGGGAAGUCCAGACACAGGGAGGAGAAUAUAUGUGGGCUCUUGGUGAAGACCAGUUUCGCUUUCAUGGUAGCCAAUAUGCUGGUAAGGAGGAUUUGUACAGGCUUACAGAGGAUCGUGGUACAAGGCUAGCUGAGGAACUCAACGCGCAUGAUUUCCCCAGUUUCGAAGUUCAGCCUGCUUUAGUCACUAGGAAUUAA